CCACCUACCAAAAACACCUGAUUAUAGCUGCGCUUAUCUUUUUGAAAUCGAUUGCAAGAAUAAUCGCUGUUAUCGAUAUGAUGGCCUAUUAAAAGCGCAAUCAACUGGAAAUUGGCAAUAAAAGCAUACGACAAAUAAAUAGUAAUUCAUAUUAUGACACAAAGUGCAAUAAAUCCAAACAUUAGAUGGCGCACAUCGGCGAGUAUCAUUUUAGUAUCAACUGCAGCAGCUGGCGAGGAUUACAAUCUACUCAUGCUAAAGCGCAGCGAAGCCACCGCCAUUACCUCCAAUCAUAGUGUGUUUCCCGGCGGCCUGCUAGAUACAGAGGCAGAUGAAAACGUCGCUUGGUUGGAUUACUUUGAGCAGUUUGGUGUUUCUCAGGCGGCACUGCGACGCCUGGUACUGAUCGAUGAGCACAGACCGGCAAUAUUGGCGCCACAGGGCAACGGUUGCUAUGAUCGCUUCUUCAAGCGAUCCAAAAUUUGGGCACGUGAGAUAACACUACGGUUGACGGCUCUGCGUGAGUGCUUUGAGGAGGUAGGCAUUCUGCUCUGUCGCAGCCGCGAGCAGCUGGAACAGUUGGACGCAGUUGCUCUGACGGCACAGUUUCAGCAGCAGCAUCCCAACUUUGAUCGUGAGUCCUGGCAGCGACGAGUGCACAACAAGCCAAGUGAAUUCCUGCAUCUGUGCCGCGAGUUGCAAGUCGUUCCGGAUCUAUGGGCGUUGCACGAGUGGUCCGCGUGGGCCAGUCCAGCGAUUAUAAAAAAAGGCUAUGAAACCGUAUUUUACAUGGUCUUUGUGGACACACAACCCAGUCUGCUGGUGGAGCCAACUGAGGUCAAGGAGUGUCUGUGGCGCUCUCCCUUGGAACUGCUGCGUCUGUAUCUGCAUGGGGAACUUUGGUUCAUGCCACCACAAGUCUAUGAGCUGUUGCGACUGUUGUGCAUCAAGGAUUACCACAAGUUACUUGAAUUUGCUGCAGAUCGCAGCAAAUUGGGCACCACCAUGUUUCUGCCAGUUUGUUACAGCUGCAGCGAUGGCCUCAUUUUUGUUUUGCCAGGUGACGAUCUCUAUGUGCCUGAGCCACAAUUAUCCACAAAGGUCAUUGAGCUUGCGGACACCGUAGCAGAGCUUCGAGACCUCUCCAAAUGCGUCCAUCGUUACGAGAUUACCUCACAGGAUUCUUUUUAUAAAGUACUCUUGAAUUUCCCUGCUUUAAAUGGUCACUUGCCACCAAAAAGUUUGCCAGUCCAGCUGCACAAGCUUUAAGCAUCUAACAGCUAAAUGGUGACAAAUUUUGCAAUGAAAUUUGAUUGCUAUUAUAUUUGACUAUACAUAUUAUCUUCAACUUUGUUCAUUGAUAAAAAAGGGAUUAGAAAUUAAAUUUUGGGUUACGGAUCUGAGCGAGGCUAGUCAGAAUUAUAUAAAUAUUACAAUUAUUUGUUAAAUGUUGUUAAAAAUAAAUUUUACAAUCAUAUUUCUGCAAUUUAAUAAUUUGAAAGUUAUCUAUCUGCCAUUAUAAAUUAUACUUGGUUUCGUCUUCAACAAUAUUCAAGUCGAUAUAUGCAAUAAAUCUUUUCUGUGCGAA